CUGACUAAAAUCAUGUUCCCCUUCUUCCCGCCAGAAAACUAACGACUACCCAAACCGCCAAGAAAGAAAGGGGACUCAAGUUACCGGUGAACAGAUUGCAAGCCACCUCCUCCUCCCACCCUUCUUGUGGACGUUCGAUCCCUCCUUCCUCCCUUCUUUCCUUUCCUCGUCUUCUUUCCUGCCAUUCUUUUCAUCGAGAGAGAUGACUCCUAGAUCUUUGCGCCCAUCUUUCCGGCCACAUUGGGCUUUGCUUCUCCUCCUCCUCCUCCUUCUCCUCCCUGCCUCCACCGUCCGCUGCCGUCCGGAAACAUCCAUCUCCACCACCGCCGGAACAAAGCUAGCCCCUGAGCGAAUAUCUUGGGACACCAACAUCACCCUCCUCGGCGACGCCUGCCUCAAGAAAGGCGCCAUCAGCCUCACCCGCGAUUCCGCCGCUAGCGCCGGCCGCGCCCUCUACUCCCAACCCAUCCGCUUUCUUGAACCCACCACCCGCUCCCCCGCGUCCUUCUCCUCCCGCUUCGCCUUCUCCAUCACCCCCUCCUCCCCCGGCGACGGCCUCGCCUUCCUCCUCACCUCCGACCCCCACUUCCUCGGCAGCCCCAACGGCUUCUUGGGCCUCUUCUCCGACCUCGCCUCCGCCUCCAAGGCCGACGACGCCGUCACCAUCGCCGUGGAGUUCGACACCAACCUCGAUGCCCCGCUCCGCGACAUCAACGAUAACCACGUCGCCCUCGACGUCGACAGCAUCUUCUCCUUCGCCGCCUCCGACGCCGGCAACGCAGGGGUUGACCUCAAGGCCCGGAUACCCAUGAUGGCCUGGGUCGAGUACAGCAGCACCGAGAAGGCGGUCCGGGUGUGGCUCAGCUACUCCCACUUCCGGCCCCCCGAUCCCCUCCUCGUCGCCCGCGUCGACCUCUCCGGCCUCUUCCGCGAGUUCAUGUACGUCGGCUUCUCCGCCUCCAACGGCCAUGGCACCGCGCUCCACAUCGUCACCCGGUGGAGCUUCCGGACCUUCGGGUUCGCCGCCGCCUCCUCGGCGUCUCCGGCCGGAAACGGCACGGACGUUGCUGGGUGCGCCAACUGUUCGACCGAAGGUCAGAAAGGAGGCGACACGGGCGACGAGUACCUCAACCCUGGUGAUGGCCCCGUGGCGAGUCUAGCUGUGGGGACAAGAAGAUAUAUUCGGGUGGUUCUCGUCGUGGGCGGAGUAGUGGUCUUCGUCUGCUUGUUGUUGUUGUUGAUCGCUGCUGUCAUCUCGUGUCUUAGGGGAAAUGAGGAAGAGGGCAGCGAAGGGAGCGCGCCGGAGACCGCCGUGGGAGGCGAAUUCCAGACGGCGCCGGCGAGGAUUUCGCUGGAUGAGAUAAGGUCGGCUACCAAAGAAUUCCACUGCAGCAAGAUCCUCGGCCAGGGCGGCUCGGCGACGGUGUAUGAGGGUGUUCUGCCUUCUGGAUGCAAGGUCGCCGUCAAGAGAUUCGGUCAGGUGGACCGGUUCAGCCGCACACUCGCCACGGAGCUGGCGGCCGUCAUGGGCUCAUGCCGGCACCCGAAUCUGGUCCCUCUCAGGGGGUGGUGCUGCGAGAAGGACGAGCUGGUCUUGGUGCACGAGUACAUGCCCAAUGGCAGCCUCGAUAAGAUCCUCCAUGCUGCUGCUCCUUUUGGAUCCCCGGUGGCGGGGCAACCGCCCGCACUCUCAUGGGACCAGCGCUGGAAGAUUGUCCUUGGCGUCGCAUCCGCGCUUGUCUUCCUGCACGAGGAGUGCGAGAAGAAGAUCAUCCACCGGGAUGUCAAGGCCUGCAACGUGCUCCUCGAUGCCGAAUUCAAUGCGAAGGUCGGGGAUUUCGGGCUCGCCGAGCUGAAUGAUCACAACAGAACUCCACCGGUGGCCAAGCCGGCAGGCACCAUGGGCUAUCUAGCACCAGAGUAUGUCCAUUCCGGUGUGGCCACCGAGAAGUCAGAUGUGUACAGCUUUGGAAUUCUGGCGCUGGAAGUGGCGACAGGGCGAAAGCCUGUGGAGAAGGCUAUUGUGCUCGUCGACUGGGUCUGGUCGCUGUGGGGGCGACGGAGGGUGGUGGAUGCGGCGGAUCCCCGGCUUGAGGGCAGCUUCAACAGGGAUGAGAUGGGCAGGAUGCUGGUCGUUGGGCUCUGCUGUGCCCAUCCCGACUCCAAGCGGCGGCCAACGAUGAGGAAGGCUAUAAGGAUGCUCAGGGGGGCGGCGACUCUGACUGCCUUGCCGGCCAGAAAACCUGCUGUUAGGCUGCUAUCCCAGUUGCCUCCGACUUCGCAGGAUUCCUGCUCGCAGGCUUCUGGAGAUGCGACCACGUCGUGGUUCUCGCCUUGCAUUAGUCUCAACCAGUUGGAAGAACAGAAUUAUGGCAGAAAUUUCACUGCUGCGACUCGGACUCCAUUCUCCUGAGCACCUUUAUGCCCGAGAUUUGUACAAGCCGGCCAGAGAUAAAGAGUAGCGUGAUCAGAGUCCAUUCUCAAGGUGCUUUGCAUUUAAAACUCCAUGAAUUAUACCAUUUGUUGUGAUGUUGAUGCCUGUGAUCAGACAUUCUGGUUGUUUACUUGUUUCUAUCAACAUAAAUGGAAAAUUCGGGCCUUGAUGGUCUUAAUGU